AGAUAACAACACAAUAUAUAAUAAUUAUCUUAUUUUUUAAAUUUUUUAUUUUGAAAAUUUCAUUACAUUAAUUUAUAAUAAAUUAUCUGUUAUAACUUAUAAACCUAAUAUUAGUUAUAUAAAAUUCGUUUUUAAUUAAUUAUAUAAUGAAUUUUUUCAAAAUUUUAUUUUUCAUUAAUAUAUAACUACACAUCUUUGUUUUUUAAACUUAAUAAAAGAAGGAAUAAAAAGUGAUGUUUGUGAGAACAUAUUGAAAAUAGAAAUUGUAACAACAUGUUUAUCUUGAUAAUAUAAGUUUAUAAAAUAAACCAUUAAAAUAUGUAUAACAUUAUUACAUAAAUUGGAGCAUUGAGAUAUACACUAAUUAUAUAUUUUCUUAUAACAUGUUUCUGUUUUUGGAUAAUUUUUAUUUUUAUUGUAAAUAUUUUAUGAUUAACUAAUGUUUAAGCUAAUUAUUCAUUAAAGGUACAAAGAUUUUAAUCGCUCUAACUUUUAACGUGAGAAUUAGAAUGCGAAAAAUCACUUUGUAAAUAAUAAUGUAUAUAAAAUAGGUUACAAUAAAUAUCAAUUAUACUUAUGAAUUAGCAUUCAGAUACUUUUUAUAAUAUAAGAUAGAUUACGAUAAAUAUCACUUACAUAUUAUAUUAUACUAUUAUUUAACUUUAAUAUUAAAAAAAUACUCAAAAAUAUAUAUAAUCUUGAUUUAUUGUAUAGAUUAUAUCAUAACAGUUACUAAUACUUAAUUUAAAAUAAUAAUAUUAUCCAAAUUAAUGAACUAAUGACUCAGCUAAAAAUUACUGAACAUGAUAAAUAAGCAAAAUUCUCUAAAAUUAUGGAGAAGACGACAACUAAACAAAUUCACUUAUCAAAUAAUAGUAUAGAUUUAAAAAAAUUUACAAAAUAAGUUAUGUUUUCAAUAUAUUAGAUAAAAAUUUAACAUAAGUUAAAAAAAUUGUUUGAGAUUUAUUGAAUUUUUCUUAUUAGUUGAGUCAAUAUGGUUUUAUAAUAUUUUUACAUCAUCAAGAUAAAUUAUAAAAAAAUUGCAUAUUAUUAAUUUGUAUGUAUUAACUCUAAACAUCAAAUACAUAAAGUAGAGAGAGUAGUUUAUCCACGCAAAACAUUAGAUAUGGAGGCAAAACGGAACUGGGGACAAUACAUGAAUUUAAACCCAAAACUUACAAAAAUAAUUCUCUUUUAUAAUUUUCAAGUGAGGGUACGCACACUAUCACCCAUACGAAAUGCAAGUACACCCGCCCCUUCUCGGAGGCCUGAGGCAUUUGCCUACACAUGGGCACGGCCCUGGUGUGUCUUGCGGUCAUUGCUUGGCUGGUGGUGGGGGAUACACAUCUGUUCAUUUUGAUGAUGAGACUUUUUAAAGCUUUUUCUUUAGGUAGAUACAAUUUUAAUUCAUUAAAAAAACAAAAAAAAAUUCAUAAUAACAUAUAUUAAAAGUUGCCAUCUUACAUGUUUUAUUGACUUUUUCUUAUUAACCUAAUCAUAUCGUUAUUAUCUUUCUUUUAUAUAUAAGACAAGCGGUUAUGUUUUUUUUUUGUUCAAAUACAAGCGGUUAUGUUUAUAACCACAAAACUAGAUACUGACCCGCGCAGAUGCGCGGAAUUGUUUAUAGUUUAUUUUUUUAAUUAUAAUUUUAUGAAAUUUUAUAAAUUUUGGUUUGCGUCCAAAUUGUAUUUUUAAUUUUUGGUUUGCUUCCAGUUCAGUUGUGGGUUUUGGUUUUCGGUUUAAGAAAUAUAAUAAUUUUUCGGUUCUUUAUGAAUUUCUUUGGUUUCGAUUUUGUUAUUUUGUUUUGGUUCAAAUAACAAUAUUAGAAACCGAUAAUAUUUUGAGUUCAAUUUGAAUGUGUGGCUCUGAUUUUGGAUUUGGCAUUUUAUAUCUUGAUUCUAGUUUAGUAGCUAUAAUUUUGGUUACAUUUUUGGUUUUUAUUUUUUUUUUGUUAUUGAAUGACUUAAUAUUUUAAAUAUGUUUAGAGAACAGGUAUAUCUCAAGAUAACAUAUCCAGUCAGAAAAUAUCUGUAAAUUUCGUACUUUGAUGUGAUCAAUGUAAGCUGUAUAUUAUUUUUGGAUUUUAUGUGAUAGUAUGGACUUAGUGUCCACAUAUAUAAUUUGAGUUUUAUGCUAUGGAUGGGCAGAAAAAUCUGAAUCAAAAGAACCAAACUGAAUCGGAUAUGAAAAUAUAAUAUAGAAUCAAAAUUAAAAUUGGUUAAACAUCCUAACAGGUUCAAAAUUUUAGUAUCUAGAAAAUUGGAUCCACUCAAAACCAACAAUAUCUGAAUAUAUCUGAAUUAGAUUUAUAUACCUAAAUAUAUUAAUUAUUUGAAGAUUUAAUAUCCAAUAAAAUAUCCAAAAUAUAUAAAAAAUUUUGAAGUUGUCCAAACUACUUAAAAAUAUAUAUACAAAUAAUCAAAAGUAAAUAUCUAAAAUAGCUAAACAAUACUCGAAACACCAAAAAUACUUGAUAUAUCUAUUGAUUCUCCAUCUAAAUAUUUAACCCAAACCAAUUUUCUGUUAAUUUAAGUAUUUUAGCAUAUAUUAUUAAAAAAAUUAUGUUAUAUUAUUUUAUUUUUAUAUUUUGAGAAAUUUUAAGUGUAUAUGAAUUUUAAAAUUAUUGAAAUAAUUUAAAUGGGUAAUCGAAACCCAAACGGAAUCCGCAAAAAUCGGGCCAAAAUUUGUAAAUACCCAAAUGACGCUUAAAUCCUUAACAUUAAAAAUCCGAAACCCGAAUAGAUCCAAACCGAACCCAAAAACCUCUAUGCUCUGUUUCAUUGAUUAUGAGCAGCUCAUGAAACAAUAUUUUGUUUAGAUAUGAUAGUGUGGCCAAAUUAUAUUCAAAAUUUUGAUGGUGUUAAAAAAAUCUCAAAUUAUACACGAGAAGUUAGCUUAGGAUUUGUCCGUGAAUGAAUAUAUUAGAAUCGGUUUGUUCACAUUAUGAAAAAAUCUGAAGAUAUAGGAUCAAUAGAACAUUUUCACAUGCUAGAAAUAUAUAAAAGACACAAUGCAGAAAGUCUGCGAAAAUGAGAGGGCAACAUAUAACUUACUCGCAAUGUUUUGCUGUGCUCCCAUUACUAUCAUUGGAUGUGACAAUGCUCGUAUAUGUGGCAUACUCAGUGCCAUAAGACUCCAAAAGGAGGCAAUUUAAGUGCUGCCUGAAAGUAAACACCAGUGCACGUCCAGUAGUUUCUGCUCUGUCAGAAUUCUGUAGAAUUAGAAGAAUGACUGCCACUUGUAUCUAACUUAGUAUUAGAACCUUGAUAUUCCUUGAGUAUUCUUUAUUACUCUCCAUGGACGCUUUUCUAAUUGGUCUUUUAUUGUUUCUACUUUCUACUUUCUUUUGUUUUUACCUCAACAACAGUGCCAAGAUCUUUGCACUUCACUAUUAUUCUCUUUCAACCUCACAUAUGAGCCCUUCACUAUGAUUUCGUUGAGAUUCACUGUCUGUGCAAUUCUCACAAGUAUAUCUCUUCCUUAGCUAUUCUCACGUAUGCUCCUUCUUUAUCCCAUGAGCGUGUAGCUUCCUGCAAUGAGCAAAUUAUAUCCACAACAACAAUCAUUAACUCAUAUGAAUUGCUCAUAAUCUGAAUUGGUGACAUAGGUAAAGGCAUCAAAUACAUACACACACAAAAAACCCUAAAUCAUAUGUAAACUAACAAAUCAACUAAAUUCUAAACACUAAUUAAAAACUCAAAUUUUAUUUUGCUAAGAUUUUUAGUUUGGAUUUGGAAUCAAAACCCAGAUAUAGGUUUCAUUGGAUGUAAUACAUUGGCUUUGAGUCGAUUGAUUGAUGAUCUUCAAUCAGACGGCAUCAAUGGUAUCUUUCACUCAUAACCCAAAGCCCUAAACGUAUAUCCCACCUAUCCAACUGCUUUAAACCACAAGAAAUACACAAAUGAUCAUUACUAUAAAAAGGAUCACACUAUUCUUAAGCAAUAUCCUAUAGAAAGAGAGAAGCAAACAGAGAUUGAAGUCGAGUUUUUUUGCUGGAAAAUUGUAUAAGCAUGUUCGUGAAGACGAAGAAUUUCGUUACGGAUUAGAAUUAUGUUUGUGAAGGAUGAGAUAUUAGUUGGUUUAAUUUAAGUAUAUUGGUUACCAUAUAAAAUUGCAUAUGAAGCUUGUCUUUAAUUAUAUUUAGUCACAACAUUCAAUGAGUCCAAAAAUAAAACAUGUCAUGGUAAAUUUUAAAUAGGACUCUGUUUUAAUAGAUUAGAUUGUUCACAGGAUUAGUACUGUAUCCUUUUCCGAUUGGUAAAAACUUCAUUUUUGACCAAGUGCGUGUUGGUUUCACCUAAGACUCGCCAAAAUUGUGUUCUUAAGAGCGUCCUCAUCAAGUAGAUACUAAAAUAGAGGUUCUCACAAUAUAAUAAUAACUAGGUAAAGACCCGCGCCUUGCGCGGGAUGAGUUUACGUAAUGACAAUGUAAAAUAAAUUUCAUAUUUGUAUUUAACUUUCAUAAUACAUAAAAUAAAUAACAUUUAUGAGAUAAUGUAUGUUAUGAAUUUAUAGUAAUUAAUUCUAUUAGAAAGAAGGUGCAUUUCAUAUUUUUUACGUUCGUUCUGGACAGUUUUUAAAACCGGACCGGACCAGACUGGUCGGUCAAGCAGGCCAGAUCAUGACUCGUUGAAAAAGCUGAAUCCAGUUCGAUUUAAAUCAGGUUAUGAAAAAAAUGGUUAAACCAGUCAAAAUCGGUAAACCCAGUGAUCCGGAUCAAUUUCAAAACUUGGUUCUAAAAAAAUAAUGUAUAAUUAAUGUAUUUUCAGUUGUUAUAAAAUUUAAUAUUUCAUAAUCAACAUUAGAUUAUCACUAUUUAACUCUGGUUCUUUUUAAUUUAAUUUUAAAUAAAAUAGAUAGUAAAAAAUAUCUUUUUGGCUCAUAUACUAUUCUCAGUUAUAUACUAUUUUCACUUUGUUAUAUUUAUAAAAUUCGAAACUUUAGUUGUAAGAAUAAAUAAAUAUGGUAACUUGAACGAUCAAUCAUUUGAUUUUAUUAAUUUAAAUUUAAAUAGUAUUCACUUGUUUAAUGUAUAUGUAGCUGGAGCUUAUUGUUUAUUUUAUAAUUAAUAAAAUAGAAAUGCGAGCGAUGUAGAAAUAUUCUUUAGAUACAAAUAAUGUAAAAUUAGAAAGUUCGGUUCUACCGAUUAAACCGGUCCAGCCAGUAGUUAUACCAAGUCGAUAUCUGGUUUGGUUUUCAAAAAAAAAAAUCGGACUUAUAAUUCAUAUGAAUUAGACUAUUGAAAAUUUUGAUGGGCAUACAACUCUUACAAACUCAAACAGUGCAUUUUACUAUUGUAAAAAAUCGAAGGAACAACAAAGUCAAUUAAUCAGAUCCUUUCAAAAUCAUAGCCACACAUAUAGAAACGUACUCAAAAACCAACUUAAAAAUCAUUACAAAAUCAAUAAAUUAAUUAGAGAGCCAUUAAUCUCAAUGAUCAGACAAAAAUAAGCAAAUGAAAAAUAUAAACACCUUUUUAUCUCUUUAAUUUUUCCUGAAGUACAAAACGUAGCACAAUAUAAAAGCCUUUUUGAAUCUCAAUGAUCAGUCAGAAAGCAAAAAACAAAAAAAAUCUCAACCAAUAAAAUAAUGAAAUAAUAAUAAUAAUAAUAAUAAUAAUAAUAAUAAUAAUAACAAUAAUAAUAAUAAUAAUAAUAAUGAAACAAAACAACAAUUUGUUUGUCUUCUAAAUUCACUCUUUAAUAAAAUAAAGGAUACUUUUUCAAAAAAGUAAAAUAAAAUAAAGGAUACUUAGAAUAUCUUAAGUUUAAAAUGAUUAGAUUACAUAGAGAAAUCAAGAAUAAAAAAACGUUCAAAAUUGUAGGAAGAUGAUAACCGGUGAACAUUCCACUGAACUAUUGUCUUUAGACAAAAGAAAAUUAUGACUCCUGUAUUUUCUUCUUAAUCACAAUUUACUAUCGUAUUUUAGUUAUUUAUGGAACCAUACACAUCAACAGUUUAGAAUGUCCAAUUUAUAUGGUAUCAACUUCUAAUGGAUCUGAAAUUAUAAACAAUUUAAUAUGAAAAAGAUGUGUUGACUUUUCAUUCUCGAGUGUUAUUGGAUAUGAUAUAUUGGGCUUGAUAUAAACUAAGCAGGCUUAUAUUCAAAGUGGCCUUAUUUGUUAGUAAACCUAUCCUAUUAGUAUUAGUCAUUUGAGUGAACAAAUAGGUCUCACAACAAAAAAAACCUGAAACACACAUCGACAGCAAAAUCGAAAAGGGGGAUUAGGGUUCAGUUGCAAUCGAAUUUCACUCCGAGGAUUUAACGCUUUCUUACUAUCCUUUCCAUCGAUUCAGUAAAGUUUAUUUUAUAAAACAACAACUAUUAAAAAAUGAACAAUACUAUCUUCCAGAAAUCACUUAAAAAUAUAUAUAUAUAUAUUAAAACUAAUAUCAUAUCCCAAAGUAUUUCUGGUGUGGCAAGACCAAACAAUAUUUGAGAACUUGCUGUGUCUGUGAUGAACAAAGUUAAAAAAGAUAAGAGAUGAAAACAAAAUUGUUGAUAUGGCUUUUGUUUGUAGAAUGCAAUCUAAUAGGUAGUGACAUUAUAUAUAGCUAAAUGGUGGGCUCAAUGAAUGACAUUACCAUAUAUUCAAUUAUUGAGGGAUAUUACAUAUGAAUUGCUCAAUUUGCGAUAACAUAACUAUAGUAAGUCGAAAUUUACUCUUUUAAUAACUUUGGAAAGUCUCAAUUUACUCAGUUUUAUAACUGUUGAAAGGGGAAUAAUUGCUUGAUUCACGUUACCAGUUAUAGCAAUGUACAUUAAACUACACCCGUAACAUUAAUACUGAUGUUCAAAAAAAAAAAAACAUUAAUACUAACAUUCAUUUCUUAGAAAUUUACGAAUCCCUUUACCCCCUAUAUAUAAUAAUAAAUAUUAACUGCAUGUAUGUACCCGUUAUAUCAUCUAAGUUCAUGGUAAAGACAAAGUAAAUAGCCAAUUAAAAUUAAGAAACCAAAUCAAUCAAAACCAUAACUUGGUAAAAUUUCCAACAUGACUAAACCAUAGUACAUUAAACGGAGUUUCACCAUUGUAAUGCAUCAAUAAUAAAAACUUGAACAUCUAAUCUAAAAUGUUGGAACUAUCGUUGAUAGGGAUGUAUACGUUUCCUAUAUAACUUUGUUUUGGCAUAUGUUUCCAAUAGUUUUUUUUGUGGAAUUUUUAUAUAACAUGUCUGUUCUCAACACUGGUGAAAGAAACUUGAAUGAAGUUUGUAACAUGUUAUUCUAAAGAGUGGCUAAGCUUUAUAACAUGUUUCUAUAAAAACAUUUAGAUUAUGAAAAUUAACACGAUUGACAAUAACUCAAAAUGUUCAUUUUGUAGGUACAUAUGUAUGUGGGAUUCACUGAAGAACUGUUCAUUGUCAAAGUAUUGGUGUGUUCAAUAAAAAAUGACUAUAUAAUUUAUGUUAUAAUAAAUGGUCGUUUUGUCAAAAUGUCAUAUUAGGAAAUAUAGUCGGACAAAAUUAUUUAGGUCAGUGGCAGUAGUUGUAAAUUCUCUAGUAAUGAAAGGGUCUCUACAUAACUUGGCUGAGGAGGGCUGAGAGGUUGGCACGUCAGCAUAAUGGCAGUGAUGUAAAUAUAAUACAAAAUUAAGGUUACUCUUUCUCAAUGUUUCUCCAUUAAUAAGAAAGGGAUAAUUUUGUGACUAUUUAGUUAUAUAUUCAAUUUUAAAUAAAAGAAAAUGUUGUAACUAGUAGGGAAGUAAUACACUUACAUUGGGCUUUUCCAUUUUCUCUUGCUCUAUAUAUCUUUUCAUUAUUUUUCCAAAAACUUCUAUCGUGUAUCUCAUAAGAGUAUCUAAAAAAAAUAGUACAAAAUUUUAAAAGUAAAAAAGGUGAGAGAAACUCUUGUAAAAUAGAACUUUCACGAUACUCUCUAGAACCAUUUUACUAUUGUGUCAGUUUAUAAUUGGCUUAUUUUUUCAAUGGAAAUUAAAAUUUAAUUAUUUAUCAAAAAUGCAUUAAAACAACAUUAUUUAGAUACUUAUUCUUAGAUAUUUACCAUUAAAAUUGAUCUUAGGCAGCCCCAAUGAAGAUUUUUUUAGUCAGGUUCUAAGUAUUAAAAUAAUGAAUUUUUUUUAUAAAAAGUGAAUAUAGAGAAACUAAUUGUUCUACAUUUAGAUCCUUAACAAAAAAAAAAGAUAAGGUACUCUUUACACAUAGGUUAAUUUUUUAUUGGUUUAUCUCAAUAUUAUGAUUUAUAAUUUAUCUAUUAAUUAAAUAACAAAAAGAUAUUUAUAUUAAAUUUGUUAGAACUGUUUGAGAAAAUACUCCCUGUUAAUCAUGCUCUUAGGAUCUUUAAUUUGGCUCGUCACUUCUCAGUCAACCAAAAUUAUACAAAGUAACUUUCUCGGAUUGCACACUUAUUGGGAAUAACAUCUUCCCUGCUUUGUUGGUAAUUCUACAGUCUUGUUGCGUCAAUUAUGUAAACCCUACUUUGUACAUAAAACAAAAACAAAACCCUACAUAUAGAUAGUUCGUGAAUCAAAACAUUGUUUUUUUCCUGAAAAUUUGAAAGCACACACAUUUCAAAAACGAGUUUGUUAGAGUUCCAAUCUUGUUUCUUUGGCAGAAGAAAAGUAUUGUGAAUUUAAUUCCCAGCAAGCAUAGAUAUCAUAUUUGAUUUUCCUUUUUAAUUGAUCGAUAUCAUACUUGGAUGAUUGACAGGUCUUUUGGGCCCCGGGACAAGAAUUUAGACUAUGUUUGAGUGAUAGCCAUAUUACAUGUUCUUGUUUUUGGCCUGAAAUUAUGUAGAAGGUUUUAGCUCAUAACUUCUAAGUAAAAUAAACAAAAAAAAAAAUCUUGAAAAUGAAAAGAAAAACAUCAAUUUAUGAUCUUCCUGAAAAGAUUGGGAUGAAAACAUAUAAGCUCGAGUCUUUUUACUGCAAAAUCCGUUUUGUAAGACUAGUAGUGGUGUCCAUAUGAUUUGUAAAAACCCGUGCACGGUCUCAGAUGAGACAUGCAUGCUACAUCAACCAUAGAAAGCACGUAGUAGCGUUAUUAUCAUAAGAAAAAAUAUUACUACACAGAUAUAUAGUUUAUGGUACACGUCAAUUAUUACACAUUUAAUGUUGUCCUAUUUUGUUGAAGUUUCAGUCGUCCUUUUUAUUUAAUUUGCUGAAGAAAAGUAGUUCACCAAUUUAAUUGGGAUCGAUUGUUAGUCUACAAAAUUGAACAAAUACGUGAAACAUGCUACUCCAACGUAAAACCAUGAUCUGCCAUAAAAUUAUGAUUUAUGUUUGCAUAAUCUAUUCUAUGAUAAAAAAAAAUCUUUGAUUUCACGGUAGCAUGAUGAUUUUCUUCGUUAUAAACUAUUUUGAUUAUUCAACGGAAAAUUGACAUUCUACUUUCUAUUGCAUAAUCAUGGUUAUGCUAUUCUGAUGCAGAAUUAUUAUUAUUGCCAAAUAAUGUUCCAUAAUUUUGCGAUUACAGUUUCUAAUGCAAAAUAGUGAUUUGUGAUUACAAUACAGAAUACCGGUUACAAAAUGGAAGGUGAGGCGUGAAGCUCUUCCAAUUGCAGUCUUGGCUUCCCUAUGAGUAAUCAUCAUUCCCACUAACUCAAGCAUUAUAGACUCAACCUUGUUAUUAUUCUUUUUGCCAAGGUUUACUCUGUGUAGUUCAAAAAUGUUGUAAUCUUUUACAAAUUAUUCUCGUAUUUAUAUGAUAUUAACAAAUAUGGUAAAAAAUACAAAAUCCAGUAUAAUCUUUAUGCAGUAAACGUUAAUAACUUGAUAUAUCAAUAUAAUUGUUUGUUUAAAAUCAAAUUCCCACUAUUUUUUAUACCUUUUUAUAAAUGUGAUGGUAAAGUGUAAAAUUUACGAGUCCAAAUUUUAUAGUUUCUAGUCAUGUAGAUGAUUUACAAAUGUGAAUUAAGAUAUUAAUCCAUGCUAGAAAUUAAAAUAAUAAUCACAUCAUCAUGUAAUCGUUUUAUUAUUGAGCUGUUAAGUUGUUGUCACACUACAAUGAAGACUAACCAUAAUCGUAAGCAGUGAGAUAUAAAGCAUUGAAGUGUUUUGUAAAAAGUAUUAGUUAAAAACUUUUGCGAAUCUUUGACAAAAAAAAAAAACUUUUGCGAAAAUCUCGUUUUUGUUGAUGUAAAGAAAUAAAAAAUAAGAAAAUUAUAAAAGUAAAAGAAAACAAUGAUCGUAUAAGAUCUUUAGAAAAACGAGUAUAAGAUAAGGAAAAACUAUCGUUUUGUACGAAAACUCAUGAUCAAAGGAAUAUACAAAUGAAAUACGAUUUUUUGAGACAAAAACGAAAGAAACAUUUUUUUUAACGCUUGAAAUAUAAUAUCCAUCUUUACAACAUCUUGAAAUACAAUAAUAUUGAUAGCUACGUGAAGCUUAGCAUGUGUAUAUAACUCAACCAUGCACUUUGUGGAUUAUUCAUAUAAACAGCCAAAAAGAAGAAUAUAUGGCAAUGGAGAAGCCGAUGAUUUCUGGAGAGGUGCCGGUCAGCCCGUUUUCACGGCUGUUCAGCAUGCCAGGACUCGAUUGCUUCAACAUCGUAACCAUCGGAUUCAAACACGAAGCCAAUCCAUCAGCCUUUGUUGAAGGCUUGAAAAACACUUUGCUCAACCAUCCACGCUUCUCUAGCAUACUAGAGACAGGAGUUGGUGGAAAAAAAGCCAAAUGGAUUCCCACAAAAGUAAAAGCUGAAGAUCAUGUAGUUGUUCCGGAUAUAGAUCCCACUAUUCAAAAUCCUGAUCAGUUUCUAGAGGAUUAUACAUCAAAUAUGGUUUUUUCACCAAUUGAUAUGUCGAAACCGUUGUGGGAGAUGCAUAUACUCAAUAUGAAAACAUCAGAUGCAGAAUCUUUCCUUGUGGCAAGAUUUCAUCACUCCUUGGGUGAUGGGAUGUCACUUAUGUCUCUUUUACUCGCUUGUAGUCGAAAAGCAAGUGACCCAGAGUCAUUGCCCACUUUGGUUGCUCCAAAGAAAAGCAAAGUAACCAAUGUUUUGUGGUCGUUGGUUGCUCGUGUGUGGUUCAUAAUUAGACUAAUGUGCAACACUUUUGUUGAAGUUUUCAAUUUUCUGCUCAUUUUAUGUUCCGUCCGCGACGCUGCAACUCCGCUUAUGGAGAAACCAAUUGCUACACUUAGCCCUAACAAAUUUAUUCAUAGAGUAAUUAGUUUGGACGAUGUGAAAAUCGUGAAGAACGCAAUGAAUAUGACUGUGAAUGAUGUUAUUCUUGGAAUGGUGCAAGCUGGUCUUUCACGAUAUUUGAGUCAAAAAUAUGAUUCUGAAACAAAUUCGAAGUUAAAGAGAUCUCUUGAAAAUGUUUCUCUUCGAGCUGCUGUAUUCUUUAACCUAAGAUCAAAUAAGAAAAUCGAGGAUCUUGCUAAAAUGAUGGCGAAACUUUCAACGUCAAGAUGGGGAAACUCAAUUGGUUAUGUUAUGAUUCCGCUAUGGAUGAGAUCUGAAAACGAUAUAUUUGAAUACAUCCGACGAGCCAAAACAAUAAUGGAUCGGAAAAAACUCUCACUUGAGCCUUUAUUUUCCUAUGUGUUGCUCAAAUUGACCGUCGAAAUUUUCGGAUCCAAGGCACUAAGAAAUCUUGCAAUGAGAAUUUUCGGACGAUCAACAAUCAUAUUGUCAAAUGUUGCCGGUCCAUCCGAAGAAAUAAGCCUUUUCGACCACCAAAUUUCUUACGUUGCUGCAAGUGUAUCCGGUUUUCCACAGGCACUCAUUGUCCACAUAACAAGCUAUGUAAACAAAGUUAUCAUCAAUCUUGGAGUUGAUCUCGACGUAAUUCCAGACCCUCAUCACCUAUGUGAUCACAUGGUCGAAGCUCUCCAGAUGAUGAAAUCAGCUGCAGAAGAAAAAUGUUCUGCCGAUUUAAACGUUUAAAACGAAAUGUUUGACGUAGAGAUCAAAACCUACUCAUCCCAAUUCCUAUGAUAUACUUGUGUUAUCGAUAUAUACUGUUUUCAAUAAAUGUUGUUUUCAAUAAAGGUAUGUGCGUGUUGCAGUUAUUCAUUUCCUAAGAUAUGUGUGUUAUCUAUGUAUAAAUAUUUUUCCAUAAAUAUUACUAUGUCAUUUAUUAUACAAGAACGUUAUGCUAUUUAUUGCCACAAGAACAUAAAUGUUACGUCAAUUUCGAAACAGUUUGAUAAUUUCUGAUAGGCAUGAUCAUUCGAAUUUUGGUUUGCUUAACUUGGGUUUUGAGUUUUGGGUUUUCAGUUUUCGAUUUUAGGUAACAAAAUAGGAACCUCCUUAAAACCGGUUCAGAUCGGUUCGGUUAUCAUUCGUUUGGUACUUUGGUUAUCAUUUAGUUCGGUUUGGUAGAAGUAAUUAUGUCAGGAACUGGUAAAGUUCUAAAACAUUAUCGGGUAUAAUUCGGUUAUGGUACUUUAUACCUAAACUACUUAAUAUAUACAUAUAUAUUUAUCCAUAUCAUGUUUUAAAAUAGUUUAUAAAGAAUUAAAGAUUUAAUUGGUGACCACUAAAAAAAAGCAAGAAUAAAAAGGGAAAAAAUGAAAGAGAACGAAAUGAAAAAUUAGAAAUAUUUAUUAUUUAUUAUUUAUUCUUGAAUUUAAUAAUGAACAUUCUUCUAUAAUUUUUUAAAUUAUAGAAAUAAGAAGGAACAAUAUGUGAAAAUUAUUUUGUAUAAAUGGUGUAAAAUUUUAAAAAUGAAAAAAAUUCAUUAUUUCCACUCAAUUCUUUUGAUUACUAUUUAGAACCUAAGAGUAUUUGAAUCAGUUUGCCCAAAAAAAAAAGUAUUUGAAUAGGUUUUAAGUCUAGAAGCAUGAAACGACAUCAAAAGAUCUGAACCAAAGAGGAAAGAAGACAAAGCUGGCAUCAGCUUGGGGGCACAUCCAAAGCUCGGCGGGUCCGCUACACCAUUAAAAAGGAAAAUUGAAAGAUAAUUGAUUUAGCAUUGGUCUUUCCGAGGGCUGACAGUAAACUGUUAUGAUAGAUAUAUUCUUUUCUUUAUUUUCAUAUCAACUUAUUUUAUUAAUUUGAAUGAGACAGUACAUAGUCUUCCUGAAGAAGAGAUGUUAUGUUGUUUGGUACAUAGUUAUGAAAUAAAAAUGAAACUCGAGUUGGAUUCGAAGUCGCCGACUUAUCUGCAACCUUAUUUGAUCUUUUGUUGAUCCAUCUGUAUUCAACUGCUUCAAACUUCUUACUCCAUUCUCGAAUAUCUCUUGUCCAAUUGUAAACUUGAAAGUUGAGCUUAUUAUCUUGUAGAAUUUCUUUUGUUGUUCUGCAAUCUGUCUCCAUAAUUAUUUUACGAUAUCCUAAACUCCAACAAUGCUGAAGCGCCAUAAGGAUUGCUUGUAGUUCACUUUCCAGUGCUCUUUGCACUCGUUUACCUGUAGCUUGUGCAGCUCCUCUAUAAAUUCCAUUUGAAUAUCUCACAACCCAACCUGCAGCUGUUAGUGUUUCGUCAUUAAUAAAGCUUCCAUCUGUAUUGCAUUUAAUCCAUCCCUGUGGAGGCCUUAACCAAUGUCCUUGUGGAUGAACCGUUGUAGUAUUGUUUCUCCGAACCACCUCAGAUGUAUCUGUAUCCUCAAUCUGCUUCCAUUCUUUUGCAUCACUCUUAGCGUAGCGUAUGAUGUUCAUCCAAUGUGUAUGUUUUUGUUGAAAAACUAAAGCGUUCCUUCCUUUCCAUAAUCUCCAUAGGAUCCAGACUGGUAAAUCUUGAAAAUGACGUAGCCCUGCUGAUGUACAGAUCUGUAGACAGGCUCCAAUCUUAUCUUUUAGACUGGCCGAGGGAUUUAAGAAUCGUUAAAUUUGAAAGUCCUGAGGCUCUCCAUAUCUGCUUUGCAUACUCACAUUCAAAGAAUAUAUGAUCUUCUGUCUCUUCCGCAUUACAGCAACGUCGGCAUACUGCAUCUCUUAUCACAUGAUAUCUCUUCAAAUUGCUCCCUAUAGCUAAUGAUAGAUAUAUUCUAAUUUGCGUAAAACAUAGAAAAAAAUAGGAUAUAAGAAGACAUAUUUUAUUUGUUGAUAAAUCAUAGAACAAAAGUUGUAAUGCAUAUUCUGAACUACUUAAAUGAUAUAAGAAAACUUAAUAUGUAUUCUAAACAUUGGUCAAAAUUAAAAUAACCUAAACUCUAAAUUUUAGAUGAUGGAAAACAAUAAAUAAAAAAAAUAUCAAAUUUAUUUUUAAAAACACUUGUAUAAAUAUAUAUUCUGUAAUUAUUUAAAUUUACUCUUUAUUCAAUUUAAAUAAAAUAAUUUAAUUAAGUAUUGAUAAUUAUUUUCAAAAGUCAAUUUGGGAGGUUGGUUACCCUGUUCGGGAACGCGCUAGGCGCUAAUCGAGCAGUCGGGUUGGGCCUAGCGCCUAAAGAGAAAAUCAGAAGAUUAAUCGAAAAUUAUGCUUGGCGAAAUUUUUAGAUUGUUUACUAUGUCAUAAAACAUGUUAAUCUUUAAUUGUGAAUAUUGUAUAACAUUAAUACAUUUUCAUGUUUAAGAUUGUAUAAAAUACACAAAUAGAAUAUAUAAACUUAAUAUAGUGUAAUUUUCAUCAAAAUUAUGAAUAUAAAUGAUAUUUAUAAAAUUUUAGAUCAAAUAAAUAAAUAAAAAUAUUAUUAAAAAUAAAUUGUAAGUGACUGAAGUGUAGAUUAGAUGUUAAGACAUGAGCCUACAUGAGAAUUAGAUAGCUGAAACUUAUCAAGUUCAAAAGAACAUGCCAUGUUCGUUUGUACAUCUGGAAGAUGCAUCGAGAUGGUUAAUCUAGAUGCUUUAUCAAGAUGUUCUAUUUGGGUGUUGUCCGUUUCUUCAUUUCGUAUAUGCAUCCAGAUGAAUCAUCUAAAUGCAACUAUGUUUGUUUGUUGUUUUAUUUUUUAAUUUGCAUCUGCAUUCAGGUGGACUUGUCAAUAAAAUGAUUAAAAUAUAUUUUUAAAAUUUUGGCGGUAAAAUAGCAUUUUAACGGUUUUGACGGAAUAUAUUUUUUGCGGUUUUUGCGGAAAAUGUGUUUUGACAAAAAUGUGUUUUUGUAGUUUCGGCGGAAAAUGCAUUUUUUGCGGUUUUGGCGGGAAAAUUGUUUUUUGCGGUUUUGGCAGAAAUGUGUUUUUGACGUAAAAGUGCGUUUUUGCUUUGAUGGGAAAAUGUUUUUUCGCGUUUUGGCGAAAAAUGCAUUUUUGUAGUUUUGGCGGAAAGAAUGCAUUUUUGCGUUUUGAAGGAAAAAGUGUAUUUUUGCGUUUUUGGCAGAAAAUAUUUUUGCGGUUUUUGCAAAAAAAUGCGAUUUGACGAAAAAUGUGUUUUUGCGGUUUUGGUGGUAACAUGCGUUUUUUGCGUUUUUGGCGGAAAAAUGUUUUUCGGUUUUGGCGGAAACAUGCGUUUUUUGCGUUUUUGGAGGAAAUAUGCGUCUUCCCGGUUUUGCGGAAACAUUCGUUUUUUUGUAUUUUUGGCGGGAAAAUAUGUUUUUUUGAUUUUGGUGCGUUUUUCCAGUUUUUACGAAAACAUGUGUUUUUGCGUUUUUGCCGGGAAAAUGCGUUUUAAUACAUUUUUCCGGUUUUGGCGAAGAAAUAAAUUUUACGAUUUUGACGGAAAAGUAUGUUUUCGGUUUACUUGUUUAUUAGUUUUGGCGGAAAAAUGUAUUUUUCGGUUCUGGCGGAAAAAUAUAUAUGGAAAAAUAUAGGUUUUUUGGUUUGAAAUAAUAUUUUGAUUUUAAAAAAUAUUUUGUCAUUUAUCAUUUUGGACCGAAAUACUCACCUUCAUAUGCAGGGCCGGCCCUGAGCUAAAGUUUUAGGCGCCAAAUAAUGUUAGAUUUUUCAGGGGCGCCAAAGUACCAAGAGUAAGGAUAGGGUUCGACACUUUCAGGCAGUAUUUUAAUGACUAUUUAUUUUGCACGUAAGUUUGAAGAAUUUGGGCUUUAGGCGCCUCGUGAUGAUGGGCUGGUACUGUUCAUAUGGGUGAAAAUUUGGCAAAAUUUUUUAAAAAUUCAGCAGGAUGAUCGAACAUUAUAAUGUACAAAACGAACAUCAAUGGUACCAGAUGAAUCACCUGGGUUAGCAAACAAACCGCACUUUCAUCUCUGCAGCCCAUGGACACUACGAACCGCACCCUCAUCAUCUCUGCAGCCCAUGGAUACUCCUGAGAUGCUUUGGUUAUGUGGGUUGGAACUCCAUUAAUGGCGCACAGGUGCAUACCGAUUUUUUUCUAUCUUUUAGUUAGGCCUGGGUAUUCGGAUCUUCGGAUCGGGUUCGGGUCGGUUCCUUUCGGGUCCGGGUCGUUCGGGUCUAGAAAAUUUAUACCCAAUAGGUACUUGAGAGGAUUUCGGUUCGGGUUCGGGUCGGUUCCUACCGGGUCCGGGUCGGUUCGGGUCUAAAAAUAAAAAACCUGCAAAAGAACCUGUUAUUUUCGGAUCACAUCUGGUUCCGGUUCGGGUACAAGUUUUUCGGGUUAUUUUCGGUUCAGUUCCAUGAGUUUCAGAUAUUUUUCAGUAGUUCUCGUAACAUUUAACCUGAAACCCGAAAUCUUUACCCAUGUAAACCUGUUUACGAAGCAUUGAAAACCAAAUAGCCAUAAUUUCAUAUCAAACUUAUAUGUUUUUGCAAACAAUUUAACCACACAAAAGUACUAAAUAACAUAAAUCUUAUGAAGUUUCAAUCCAAAAACAAAAGAAAAUAGAAAACAACAACUUCAUCACGUCUUCUCCCAAGUUUCUUUGCUUCGAAAUCAAGUUGAACAAUGAACAAAAGUCAAAUCACAAAACAACAAAACAAAACUCAAAAAUCAAAAGAAUCAAACAAACGUAACUUAGUCAUCAAGUGAAUCAUCGAGCAAGACAAAAACGAAACGAAACCAUUAUCAACAAUAAAAAAGUGGAGACUACCACAGAAUUAAGAAACUUGGGUUUAGAUUAAGGAAUUAUCACAAAAUUAAUUUGAGAAGUCUCAAAAAGUAGAGAAGAAGAAAUUAGAUGAGUAUGAUUUAGGUCUUCCAGUUUGAUUGAUAAGUUUUUUUAGGUUUUGUUCAAGAUUGAAGGCUGUUUGGGGGAGUGGAAACGACUGCAAGAGCCGAGGAGAUACCGAGGUUUGAGACAAAACAUUAAGUGACGCGCUGUAACUUGAAGUCUUAAAGCACGCCUAUUUGUGUUUUUUCGGUUCCAUUAAUACCCGUUCGGGUAUCGGGUCUUAUCCGGAUCCGAACCUGUACCCACGGGUCUAUGAAUAAAAUAUCCAACAGGUUAAUCUACACAUACUUAUACCUGUACCUGGACCUGUGAUUUCGGGUCGGUUCUGGUUCGGGUUUUCGGGUCCAGGUUAAAAUGCCCAGGCCUACUUUUAGUUAAAAGGAUCUACUUUCAAUAUUAAUGAGCUACCGAUUUUUGUAUUUUUCUUCUUUUAGUAUGUAUUCUUUUGUUUAGGUUUAGCCUACGUGAGAUUCUCUCUUUCUUCUUUUAGAGAGAGAAUUUUCUCUCCAUCGCUCCCCUCUUAUCAAACCCUAGAUCUUUCAGAGGAAAGUGAUGAUUCUCUUUUUGGUGUAGUAUAUGUUCGAUCUUUGAUCAACUGUCUUUUCGGAUUGCCGAGUUA